CGAUGAGGGCCGGAUUACUAUGAGCGCUAAUCUAAGCGCUAACCUUGUAUUCGAACUUCACAAUGGCGAGUGAAUGCUGUUUCUGCCUUUCAGCUUUGAAAGAACCUGUUUGUAUUCCUUGCGGACACAUAUUCUGCUCGCUAUGCAUAUCUUCUCAUGUUGCGGCGUCCUGUAAGCGCGAUACUACUCCUUGCCCAACUUGUCGCGCGCCAUUCGAGAUUGUGACUCCUGAACUCGCGACUGUUCCGAAACAUGUGCGGCGAUACAUCAAUCCCGGCGUUCGACGCGUUUUCCUCGAGACGCCUGAUUCAGAAACGUUGCGACAGCGGCUAUCAGCCACUGAAGUCCAGAUUAAAAGACUCAAGAAGGAAUCGGACAAACUGCGCGCGUCAAGCGAAUCGAAGAAAAGGAGAUUCGACCAGGCGAAAAACGAUUGGAAGGAGAAAAAUGACCAGCUGUUGGCCAAGUACACGUGUAAAAAGCGCAAACUGGACGAUGCAAUGAGUGCCCUUCAGGAGAUGAAAGAAAGACUUGACGCUUCCCAUGCAGCGAAUGUACAGAAGACUGCUGCACUUGCACAGCUUGCCAAGAUUGAAAAUGUAUGGCAGAAACAGUUCUUGACGCUCAAGGCAGAAGUGGACGAGCAAAGCGAUAGGUCAACUUUUGAAGCUAGGAGGGCUGAGGCGAGGGAAGAGGCUGCUGCGUCUGAGUAUCACUCCGAUCUUACGUUAAUAAAGGAGAGGGAACGUCUUGCUAGAGAGGAUGCUUUACGUUGGAAGGCUAGGUAUGAAGCUCUAGUUGCGAAACACAGCCAGCAGUGUGAAUGAAAAUGUUUCUUGUCAGUUUACUACUAGUGCACUAUUCAAUGGAUAACCUACAGCAGCCUACAGCUCAACAUGCCUAUCAAAGACGAAGUACAUACAUACUUGGUCAAUCUUUCGUACUUUGCUCCUAUUAUUCGUAUCGACAACAUAAACACAUAAUCUUCCUACUAUAAUGAUUUGUAGUUCCUUGGUUUGUUGUACAUAGUAAUUCAUGGUCUUCCUGACAGUCCAAGGCCAAUGGCCAAGGCAAAAAUGUGAUCGCGUCACGCCCG